CCCUCCCCCCCCCCCCGCAUCCACCCCAAAAAAACUCCAGACCCCAGAGCUCGUCCAUGCGGUUUAAACGCCCUGUCCAUCGAACAGUAAGCGGCGAGGCGACGUGCAAUCCAAGUGGACGUAAGAUUCUUCUUCGCAGGCUGUUUGAGAAGUUGCUUGCUCUGCGGCCCGGGGUCCCCAGUCGCGCGGGACGAUUGCCUGGUGUAGCUGUAUCGGGGAGAAGGCGCGGGAGGAGGUGAAACUGCGGGACAUGAUGACUGAGAGGGAAACGGCGAAAGAGGAGACACUAACAGAUGCAAUGGCUAAUCCUUCUCCAGCUAAGAGCAUGGGUGACCCUGGAAUUACCCCGCUGUCUCCUUCACAUACCCAGCAGAACGACACGGACCAGGUGCCGUCUGGGCCGUCCUUUGUGGUGGUGGUUGCCAUUGAUUUUGGCACCACGUCCAGCGGUUAUGCUUACGCCUUCAUUAAGGAGCCAGAAUGCAUUCACACAAUGAGGCGAUGGGAAGGCGGGGACCCUGGGGUGUCCAAUCAGAAGACUCCAACCACGAUCCUGCUUACUCCAGACAGGAAGUUCCACAGUUUUGGCUACGCGGCACGUGACUUCUACCAUGACCUGGACCCUAGCGAGUCCAAACAAUGGCUCUACCUGGAAAAAUUCAAAAUGAAGCUCCACACUACUGCCAAUCUGUCCAUCGACACAGACCUCCAUGCAGCCAAUGGAAAGCGAGUGAAAGCUCUGGAUAUUUUUGCAUAUGCAUUAGCCUUCUUUAAGGAGCAGGCACUAAAGGAGCUGAGCGAUCAGACAGGCAUUGGGUUUGACAACAAUGAUGUGAGAUGGGUGAUCACUGUUCCUGCCAUCUGGAAAAUGCCUGCAAAGCAGUUUAUGAGGGAAGCUGCCUAUAAGUCUGGGCUGGUGUCUCGUGAAAUCCCAGAGCAGCUGAUCAUCGCAUUAGAACCAGAAGCAGCAUCAAUCUACUGCCGCAAGCUCCGCCUCCACCAAAUGGUGGACCUGGGCACCCUUACCACGCAGAACGGCUGCAGCCCCACUGACAACGUGGGCAGUGGAAUGACCCAAGCAAAGGAGCUUGUUCGGCGCAACCGGCAGAGCCGCACCUUUUUGGUGGAAAAUGUCAUAGGGGAACUUUGGUCGGAACUGGAAGAAGGUGACCGAUAUGUGGUGGUGGACUGUGGCGGAGGAACCGUGGACCUGACAGUUCAUCAGAUCCGUCUUCCAGAGGGACAUCUAAAAGAGCUCUACAAGGCCUCAGGUGGUCCCUAUGGCUCCCUCGGCAUUGACUAUGCAUUUGAGAAGCUACUGUGUAAGAUCUUUGGCCAGGAUUUUAUCGACCAAUUUAAGAUCAAGAGGCCAGCUGCCUGGGUGGACCUGAUGAUUGCGUUUGAGUCUCGGAAGAGGGCAGCAGCCCCUGACAGAACCAACCCCCUCAAUAUUAACCUGCCGUUCUCCUUUAUUGACUACUACAAGAAGUUCCGGGGCCACAGCGUGGAACAUGCCCUGCGCAAAAGCAAUGUGGAUUUUGUGAAAUGGUCGUCUCAGGGGAUGCUGAGGAUGAGUCCAGAAGCUAUGAAUUCCCUCUUUAAGCCCACAAUAGACCACAUCAUCCAGCAUCUCACUGAGCUGUUUGAGAAGCCAGAGGUGAGCGACAUUAAGUUCUUGUUCUUAGUGGGUGGUUUUGCUGAGUCUCCCCUGCUACAACAAGCUGUCCAGGACAUGCUGCAGGGCCGCAGUCGCAUCAUCAUUCCCCACGACGUCGGCCUCACUAUUCUGAAAGGGGCUGUCCUGUUUGGCCUCGAUCCCACCAUCAUCAAGGUCCGCCGCUCGCCUCUCACAUACGGAGUGGGCGUCCUCAACCGCUUCGUGGAGGGCAAGCACCCGCCGGAGAAGCUGCUGGUGAAAGACGGCACUCGCUGGUGCACAGAUGUCUUUGACACCUUCAUUGCUGCGGACCAAUCUGUGGCCCUUGGUGAGAUGGUGAAGCGAAGCUACACCCCGGCCAAGCCGUCUCAGCAGGUCAUUGUCAUCCACGUCUACUGCUCUGAGAAGGAAAAAGCGGGGUUCAUCAGCGAGCCCGGCGUCAGGAAGUGCGGGACACUUCGCCUGGAUGUGAGUGGAACGGAAAGCACGGCGCCACGUCGCGAGAUCCAGACGCUCAUGCAGUUUGGGGACACAGAGAUCCGGGCCAUGGCAGUGGAUGUGUCCACCGGACGCACCGUCAAAGCUAGCAUUGAUUUCCUAAGCCAUUAAGAAGGUAACAAGAUAGCUAAUGCAAUAAUUGUUGCAACUAGGGAAAAAGGCUUGGAACACACACACACAGAAACACACCCACACACACACAGAAAAGCUGGGGAUAUUUAUAAGUGGUUAUUGAUGACGAAUCUCGUGGCUCAAUCCCUCUCAGUUUAAGUGUUGUAGAAUCCAUGUUAGGACAAAGCAAAGGAAACGGCAGUCUGGAUGAGUUCAUUGUGUUCUAGGUGCCUCCAUAUAGUCUAGCUGCUGAGUGUUCAUAGACUCAUAUCACACCCAUAGACCCCAUGCAGAGGCUACAGCUGCAGGUUAAGGAGUUCCUGAAAGGAAACAUAAAGGCUUAUUCCUGUCUCAGCCAUAAUGUAUUACAGCUUUUCAGAUCUUCUCUUUGAGCAUUCUCAGAGCCAGAAAACAAGACACAAAUGUAUACAACUAAUUAGGUGGAUAAACAUGCAUGAAGCAUCCUUAGAUGCCUCACUUUAUGUCUGUCAGAUUAAAGCGGAUCAUUGCAUCUCUUGGCUUUACAAAACAUCUUGUAUGCAAAAGGUCACCCGGAUCAUCGGGAUGGAUUUAAGAUCUUAAAGCUGUUUGUGUGCUUCAAAAAUGACAUCAGGCCCUCUUCACUAGAGUUCUGAAGCCAUACUAGUGGUUUUGCAUGAUUAAACCGUUUAAACUGUAGAUUGUUGAUGUGUCACACAGCCCAUUUCCAAAAUUGUAUUCCUAUAGAUUUGCCUCAUUCCAAAAAACCUUUUAUUGAUAGUGAUCCACUGCAGUAAACAUGUGGUCAGCUUCAUAUCUUGAGCUAUGCUUUCAUUGCAUGGUGGUGUAUUAUGGAAACCCGACUUCGCUAUCAGUGGUAGAAGGGGGUAGUUUGUGUCGGUGACAGUAUUUGACCCAAUGCUAGAAAUACGUGGCUAAUUAGGCUAAACACGUAGAUGGUUGGCUUCCACUUGAUUGUGAGGCAGUUUUUGUGACCUAAGGGCAGCAAAACAAACUGUAAAGAACGUGUUCACAUCCAGGCAGAUGAUGGCAGAGCCCACCUUAACCAUGUGACAUUGUCCCAUUUAGAGUCUAUAUUUACAACCAGGUUCUGUUGGAGAACCUUACUUAACCUACUUAAUGUCAAUUGAUGUGAUUACAAGUAAUACUACAUUUUUUUCCUGAUGAAAGGACAUUUGAUUGUUAAUAAUUAGGUCAAAAUCAUGGAAAGCCACCAGUAUGUUCCUUAAAGGCCUUAAAGGCUUUAUUCAAAACUGACUCCAAGAAUGUGAAAUGUGCUGCAAGCGCGAAUGUUGCAUUUAUUUGUGAAUGCUUCUGACUAUUAAAUGUGGACAAAAAGACACUUGGCCACUUGAAUAUUGUGAAUGGAAAUGUGAGGCUGCAAGCCAGAUGAAAGAUAGAAAAUGAAAUGUUUUUAUUUCUGUAAAUACAGUAUUUAUAUAUUGUACAGAUUUUUUAGCAUUGUUUCUGUAGCUUUAGAACCAAUAGUGCAAGUCAUUGUGUUGUGUUUGUGUUUUCACAUGUACAUCUCUCUAUAUUUGUUACUCCCCAGCCAUAGCAUGAGAGGUCAAGACAGCUUCGGAUGCCCUGUUCUUUCAAAAGGGAGAAAUGAUGUGUCAACUGUUCAUUCUUUUUGCAGUCUCAAAAGAAACUUGAAUAACUCCGUCUAGGGCGGCACGGAAGGACUAUCUCACAAUCCGUUCAUCCCGGUGUUACGCCUUAACAACUGAUUUUCGUCGUGGGGCGGCCAGCGGAGAAGCUAGUUGUCUUACGUGUGUUGAAAUUGAAUUAUGGUAACUUUAUAACAACAAUUAAUAACCCACAACAAUCUCUCUUUAAAGGGUAAAACACCACGACACAACAGCUUGUGCCACAAACAAUUUGUAACACUAAUAAUUGUACAUUUAUAAAAAUGUACAAUUAUUAGUACAAUUACUCUGUUGCUACAUGAAAACACGGAAAAGAGAGAUACAAGAGGAACACCAGAGAUGCACCAACACAACUUGUGCCCAAGAGAGGAGCUGUGUCUGUUGGGAGGGUAUUUGGUAAAGUUACGUUAAAUCAGAAAACGGUUUAUUGAAAAGGCUGCCAGCCACAACAAGCUAAAACGCUAACUCGCCGGCCUUUUGCGACCAAGUUGGCCAGAGGGGCGAACAGCUGUUUGUGUAGGCUGUUUGCAGCCACAACAAGGUAACACGCUAACUGCUGCUAACAAGCUAACUUGGCCAGUUGCGCGCAAGUUGGCUGGCUAGCGACGAACAGCUGUUCGGGUAGUCGGGUCAUUUUUCGGGGUCAAUUAAUUAAUGUGUUUACUUGAAAAAGCAAUACCGUGAUUUACGUCAGAAUGUUUCUUAAUACCCUGAUAUGGAUUUUUGGCCAUACCGUGCAGCCCUACCUCCGUCCUUAAAAAAGUAGACAGUAGAAUAACAGUACUUGUAGGAGAUUAGAUUCUGUAGUGAAUUCAUGAUGAUUUAUUACACGAUCAGUGGAUCAAUUUGAAGACAAUAUUUUUCCAUCCUACUGUAAAGAGCCAUUUUAUUCUGAAAUUGUUGCUUUGUUAAAGACUGAGCAUUUUUGUUAAAGACUGGCAUUUUUCAGAAAUAAUCAUACAACCUAAAGCCACAUUACCAUAUGAUUAGGAUUAUGUUUUAAGUUUUAAGUAGAGAGUGCCUAGUAUGAAUAACAUUUGAUGUCAAGAAACAUUUACUAAUCAGAGCUUUAUAAUGUGUGACUCAAACACAGAUUCUCACAGUGGGAAUUCAUCAAAGUCCUUUACAAUGUGUAAAUGCUCAAUGUGUUGGCCGACCACCCUGAGGAAAGACCUCACAGGUUGAAUGAAGGGGCGUUGCUGUGUGUCAUGUGUUAUCUUCAUCAGCUCAACUGAGCAACAACCGCAGUGGUGAUGAACAGGAGAGCAGCGGGUGGUUUCAUCCAUGCUAAAGGCUCUGUAGGGCGUGGUUUGAAGACCAAUACCUGUAGAGUACCACAUUCUAUACCUCUAAUGUGAAUUAACCUCUGGCCACAGUGCACCGCGCGCAUGAAGCGGUCAAUUCUGACAGCGGCAUACCUCCUUUUUGAGCAACACAGUCAAACUGUUGUGCUAUUGUCAAUGGUGCAAAGUCAUGUGUGAGGGUUACAGCAUGCUUCAUAGUAAUUAGAAUAGGCCACACCCUCCUCAAACUGGCCUAGUGUUAAUGCAGCGUCUCUCUAAAACUCUUCAUGGGGGAAAAGAAGUAGUAAUUAAGCGAAUACUGCAUCAAUUCAGAUGGUCAGUUUAGCAUUUGCACGAUAUGAAAAGCUCUUAUUAGUUUGAAGAAUACUGAGACCACCAGAGUUCAGGUUGAACUUGAAAUGAAAGGGCUGUGCAUUUGUACUUUGCAAUGCGUGAACCCAAUGAUUGCACUGACUUCAUAAAAAAAAUGUUUUUAGCUAGAAAAAUGGGGGCCCAGUAGAGUGUGGCCACUUCAAUGCUAAAAAGCAUGAGCAUCACUAUAGCUGACCACAGUUCAAGGAGGCAGAUGUUCACAAGACUGAGCGAGCUGGCUGACACAAACACAUGUGAAGAGGCAACACAUCUCUUUGAUGAGUACUGAACAAUAGAACACAAGAACAAUAAACCUGUCGAUGGUUUAUCGUUUGGAUCAAGAAGAAUGCCACGUCAUGUUAUCGACCAACUGCCCCCAGAGGUAUAUUAAUGCUGUUGAGUUAUAUGUUUCCAGGAUCAUGAUAUCAAGAUGAUACAAUCUAAUACCUAGGUUUAAGCCAUUUUUUGGAAUCCUAAUUUGAACUGUAAAUCAAGGCUUGUCUCUUUGGUGUCAAUGUCUAAAGUUGCACAAGCUGCUGUCUUCAGCACUCUUUGUGUAAUGCAUGGCUUGCAUGUGCCAUAUAGGAAUGACUAAACAACAGAAGAUAAUUAGUUGAUAUUACUAACGCGCACAAUCAAGCUUUUUCCAAGAUGAUAAUGAUGAUGGUGGUGUUUCUACAGUCAGUAGGUUGCUCAGCCUGAUCAAUCGUUGAAGUCUCCUUGGCUGUAUUAAGGGCUGGGCGGUAAUUCUAGUUCAACCGGUCGCUAAUAUUUUUGCGGUAUGAAUUUUUCACAUACCGUCAUAACCAUAACAUCUGUUUUUGCUCUUGACAGGCGGGGAAGUCUUUUUUACCCUUCUCCACCGGGGUGACAACAAUUAAUAACUCACAACAAAUGCUCUUUAACAGGGUAAAACACCACGACACAACCGUUUGUUACACUAAUAAUUGUACAUUUCUAAAAUCACACCACCGAACUGCGGGCAAGGUAGAGCUCGCCUGCUAUCAUAACGAGAAGAAACUCCAUCAGAACAUGAAAACACGCAAAAUAGCAUUGCAGGAGGAACAGGGAGAGACCAGAGAUGCACCAACACAACUUAUGCCCAAGAGAGGGGCUGUGUGCUUUUUGGAGGGUAUUUGGUUUUGAGAAACGAUGUAUUGCAAAGUUGGUCGAGCCUCCACGGCUAAAAGGCUAAAAAAGUUAACUCUCCGGGAAGAUGCAAGCAUUGGCCAGCUGCGGUCUUUUCUUGGUCAAUGAAUGAAUGUGUUUACUUUUAAAAAAAAAGAUACCGGGAAACCGCCAGAAUCUUACAAAAUAUUUUUAGCCAUACUGCCCAGCCCUAGCUGUAUAGAAUUUCAUACUAUAAAUAGCAAACGUUAAAUAGCAAAGCAGCACUUCUACUUGACAACUAGCCUAAUAACCUUUUAUUCCUUCUACACAGCUCUAUCACAAGAUGGAUAUUUGGUCUAAAAGUUUAAUAACACUUUCUAUUGUUUCUUUGGUCACAUAAUUACAAUGUAAUGCACUUGAGCAUUAUGUAGUGCACAGGACACUAUUAUGUAGCAGUUUAUAUGUAUUAUAAAAUGGUAGAAGACUUGUUGAGCUGACAUUAGCCAUCUGGUCUUAGGUUGUCAGACAUUUCGCCUCAGAUGUCAAAUUUCGGGUCAGAAAUGAGGUGGUUCAGUAGAUGGGAUUUGAGAUAGUGGUCUAGCCAGCUUGUAUUAUUUAGAAUAAUCUGCUCAACGCUAUUUAAAAUAUACAAUCAUUCAGAAUAUGUACCUACCUACGCUGGAAUGAGUUGUAAUCACCUAAGCCUCUGAAACUCAACACAAUGUACAUGUUGUUUUUUCAGUUCUUUUGGUGAUGCAAAAUGUUCUUAUAUUAAUCUUGAGUUACUUAUUGUCUUGUUCUCAGUUAUGGCUGUAUUUCGAUCGAUGCUAGGUAUUCACUGUCAAGAAUGUCACCAAUAAAAUUCUAAGUGUAUUUCAAAAAGAA